AUGCCUUCGUUUACUCCAGACUCUCAACUCGACCUCCUGUUCUCCCCGGAGCUCAUUCCUGCGUCGGUGAAAGCAGAGCUCGGCAGUGACCUCCAUAUGCGGCCGCUAGCCAAGACCGAUAUUACCCGCUCACACCUUUCUGUACUCUCGGUGCUGACCACCACACCAGACCUCACCGUGGCGCAGUACGAACAAGCAUUCAACGCGCUGCGCGCGUGCCCAAACACAUACUUCACCCUCGUCAUUGUGAACCGCGGGACGGACCAAAUCGUUGGCGUUGGCUCUGUCUUCAUUGAGCAGAAAUUCACGCGUGGAUUGGGCAAAGUCGGGCACAUUGAGGACAUUGCAGUCGACAAGAGCAUGCAGGGACGCAAGCUCGGCCUGCGCGUCAUCCAGGCGCUUUCGGCUAUCAGCGAAAAUACGGGGUGCUACAAGACGAUUCUGAACUGCAGUGAUAAAAACAUUCCUUUUUACCAGAAGUGUGGCUUUGAAAAGAAAGAGAAUGAGAUGGCCCGGUACCACAACGUCGCCGACAGACCCGUCCAUACCCCUAGACUGUGA